AGCAGCCUUAAAGGUGCGUAUACAUAUGCGAGCAGAGCGGUUCGCGAGCGGCUUGUGAGCCGCUCGAUGGUGGUUCGUUGAAAUGAUUUUUUCCGCGAACCUCCAGCGAUCCACAGAUUCAGCGCACCAAACGCAAACAAACAUCGCAGUCGACAAAUGCAGUAUGGCUUCGCAAAACGAAAAUUAUACUAUUUUAGUGAUGAGUGCUGCAGUUUUAGUAAUGGCUGAUGUAAAUAUAAAAAAGAGAAGACAACGACGUUGGUGGCGUACUAAUUUAUUUAAGAAACGCAGUGGUACGGAAAUUUUAAUGGACCUAAAGUCGCAAGAAAUAAGCGGACAGUAUAAGAAUUUCACUCGAAUGACACCUACUGACUUUGAGAAUCUGCUGCAAAGGAUUGGACCCCAUAUUUCAAAACAGGAGACUUAUUUUCGUACUCCAAUCUCUGCCCAAGAUAGGUUAGCCGUAACACUUCGGUUUCUUGCCACGGGAGAUUCAUAUACUAGCCUUCAGUAUCUAUUCAGAAUUUCCAAGCAGUCGAUUGGGCGUGUAGUACCCCAAGUUUGUGCUGCACUAAUUAAGGAAUUGCAGGGAUAUAUCAAGCUACCUAAGACUCCCACAGCUUGGAAACAAGUUAGCAAGAUAUUUGAAACACGUUGGAACCUUCCUCAUUGUGUUGGUGCCCUAGAUGGAAAACACGUUGUUUUACAAGCACCAGUGAAAUCGGGUACCGAAUUCUUCAAUUAUAAAUCCAAUUUUAGUAUUGUGCUUUUCGCACUGGUUGAUGGUGAUUAUAACUUUAUGUUUGCUGACGUAAGCUGCCAAGGAAGAAUUUCUGAUGGGGGGGUUUUUAAGGCAAGCAAAUUAUAUCAGCAGCUUACAGAAAACAGACUAGGACUUCCAACACCAGAAGAACUAGAAGGAUGUUCUAUGCAAAUACCGUAUUUUUUUGCCGGCGAUAGCGCAUUUGCUUUAAGCGAAAAUCUCAUGAAGCCCUAUACUGGGGACUUUCCAAAAGGAACUCCUCAACGAAUUUUCAAUUAUCGUUUGAGUAGGGGUCGUGGCAUAGUUGAAAACGCAUUCGGUAUAUCAAGUGCAGUGUUCAGGGUGUUAAGAAAACCAAUGCUCUUAGAGCCUGCAAAAGCAGAGUGGGUUAUAAUGACAGUCAUUCUUUUGCAUAAUUAUCUCAGAAAACACUCACCAAAUAUGUAUACCCCUUUUAGCACAUUAGACUAUGAAGUUAAUGGAAAUUUAACUGAGGGAUCAUGGAGAAAUGAAGGAGAUAUUACGUCUAUGGUACCUAUACGAAAUAUUCCUCGAAGACCCACAAAAUAUUGUACAAAAGUUAGAGAUGAAAUCGCUAAUUAUUUUAUAAAUAAUGGAGCUCUAGAAUGGCAGGACCAAUAUGCUUGAAUUUAUAACAAUAAUUACUUACCGUAGCAAGUCUUUUUCGUGGCAAAUCUCUGUCUUCUAAAAACCUAAACGCUUCAUAGGCAAACCAUCUGCUGUAAUAAACUUCAUCUCUUCCUGAAAAUUAAAAUCGAGAUUAAAAUUAUAUACGGCAAGUGAGC